AUGUCAGAUUCCACAGAACUGGCAACUAUCCGAGCCAAACUGAAGGAGCGCGAAAGAACAUCCGAAUACUUCAAUCAGAUAUGGGAAGAUGAAGCACUGCCGCGCUUGAAGGAGACCAUGGUUAAAGGCAACAUCACAGACUAUAAUAUUUCGAUUCAGGCUGACUACGGCGAAUAUGGUGUCCUCAGAAUUGUGGAAGUUGUUACCAGGAAAAGGCUACCAGACAACACGAAUCAAGAGCUCAGAACGAAUGUCUCCAAGAUAUUUACGCCGGAGAGGUCACUGCACGUUACCAUAUCUUUCACCAUCGGAGUCGUCAAGCGCACCUCUGGAACAGAAGAACCGUAUGCUUCACCUGGUAACGCUCGUUAUCACUCACCUCUAAUGGUGUCAACGAAGAGCAAGAAGCACCAGAGUGUCAUCUUGUGCAUCCAGCAGGAAUCGACUGUCCCACGGGAACAGUUCCGGUACGCAUUGCCAAAAUUGGCGCACACUCUGGAUAUAGGAUGUAUCGGACUCAACGAGCCUCGAGAUCUUUCCAGGAGUUUGCUCCGAAGGUGCCACCAGAUGAACGAAGAGUAG